GUCAUCUCCCCUCGUCGGUAUGAAGCUCGUGUUUGGGGUACUGCUGCUCGUGGCAGCAGCUGCGGCUGGGCCGCUGCAGACAUCACCUUCAAGAGAGUGUAGGCGUAGGUGUGCGCACAGCGAGGUAGCGAAGCUCAGUUACAUACCAGGCAUGACGUACGAGUAUGAACUGCACAGCGAAUUCUCCGUGCGCAUGACUAACGUUAGUCAGGAGGCCGAACUAGAGUGGUCAGCUACAGUCGCCCUCCAUGUCGAGUCACCGUGUGAAGUCGUCAUUGAAAUCAAGGAGCCAAUCGUUCAGGGAAAACCGAGUGGGUCAUUGGAUGAGCAGUUGACCAGAUAUCCGCUACGUGCGGUUAUGUUAGACGGUGUAUUCGAGGAGAUCUGCGUGGACCAAGACGAUCCCAAGGUUGCCGUUAACAUCAAAAAAGGCAUCCUGUCAAUGCUCCAGAACUCCCUGCCUUCCAACUCCUCACUUAAUGAUGGCAUCAAAGCGAGUGAGAUGGAUGUAAUUGGGAUUUGUCCUACUGUAUACAAUGUGAAGCAUGACGGAGACAAAGUUGUGGUCAAGAAAUCCAAGGACCAUCGUUUAUGCUCACAGAGAUACGGAGACGGAAGCGAGUCUCCUCUCUCGGCAAUACCUCUAAAAUCUGUCAUUCCUAUGAGGUCAUCACAGUCAGAAUGUGUGCAAGAAAUUCAGGGUGGCUUGUUCAAGACGGUCACUUGCCGUGACGACAACGAAAUUGCCCCCAUUUUGGGUGUUGGGAAGUCUGUGGCUGCACAGCAAAACUCAAAGCUGACUUUGAAAAAGACGAUGCGUACGGAAGCUGUCCGACAAAUCAAGAAUGCGAGGAAAACAAGUUUGCUUUAUGAUUUCACAUCUGAGCCUAAAAAUGCUUCAGCAGUUUCCGAAAUGGAACUAAAACUAAAAGGUCUCUGUGCCGUAAUUGAAAAAGGAAGCGUGACAAUGCAGACUGCACAAAUGUUUUCAGAUUUGAUAUCUGCAAUGGACGAUGUCGAAGAACCUGCGAUUUAUGAAGUUUGGAAAAAUAUCAAAAGCAAAAAGUACUGCAGCCAAUCGGACGACUUGGAAGCAAUUUAUCUGGACGCCAUACCUGCAACAGAAAACCACGGAGCAGUAAAAGUGAUGGCAGAGAACAUUCUAAAUAAACAACGCCUUUUCCAGUAUACAUGGCGACUUCAGACUUUAAAAAGAGUUUGCAGUAACGGAGUAGCUGCUGUCCAGCCCCUUCUUGAAGAUGAUGAUCUUCCUUCUUUCGUUACUCUGGCAGUUGGUACCGUAGUGAAGACGUAUUGCUCAACGGAAGGACGACAGUACGAUGGAACUUGCCGGAUGGAUGAAAAACUUCAGCGCCUGAUGCAGACCGUGUCUCAAAGACUCACAUCCUCUUGCACCCAAGCUUCCAACGACCGUAAACAUGAGAAGACUGCAGUGAUUUUGCUAAAGACUGUCGGAAAUAUGAAGAACAUUAGUGAUGUUCUGCGCCCCACUGUCAAAGAAUGUUUCUCGGACAGUAAAGUACCGUUACGUGUGCGCCUCCAAGCAGCUGAAGUUCUUAAAAACACCAAGCUCUCCAGAGAAGAUAUUGAGGAAAUGCUGGGCAUUGCCACGGACAAAAGUGAAAAAACUGAGUUGCGCAUCUUCGCAUACAAAACCGCAGUUUUGUCAGCCAGCAAAACUGAACUUGGUCAUCUCAUAACCAAAAUAACAUCUCAAGAAUAUAACGACCAAGCAAGAGCCUACAUUCUUUCCGACCUCACGAAUCUUCAGCUCACAGAAGCACCCUACAAAAUCGAUGUCAAAGAACGACUCGCUUCAUUCAAUAUAUCACAAAAUUAUCCAUCAAACUUAGUUAAUUCGUCCCACAGCUUUGAUUUUUCGAAAUUCACUCGGUCUGGGAGCUUUGGAUUAGAAUAUCUCCAGGAUGCAAUUUUCGACCAGCAGGAAAAAACUCUGAGGCAAUGGAGAUCAAAUUUAACAUUUGAUAUAUUCGACGAAAUUGUAAAUGUCGGCGAAUGGGGUUUCAGGCUUGAAAAUGUACCAGCUCUCCUUGAAAGCAUUCUGAAUUCUGAGAACGGAAUCGGUAACACUGCCUUGGGUAGGAUGUUGAAAAUGUAUAUACCGAAGCAGGGAGAAUCGUCGAGAGGGAAGUUGGACUUCUUCUUGAAGAUUUUAGGUCAGGAAAGAUUGUUUGUAAGUCUUGCAAGUGACGAAGAUUAUGCGUCAGACAUCUUAGCACGACUUUAUAUGAUUAUAGGUGAAAUCUACAACGAAAUCAUCACUCAAAAACAGAUUCACAGUUUUCAAGCUUUCCAGAGUCGGUGUAACCUUGAGAUAUCAACAGUCCAGGGCAUUCCCAUCUUAUUCUCGAGAGAUUUGUCAGUGGUUGGAAGUACAAAUAGCAAGGCCAGCUUAAUUGAACUGGGCUCUUCCUUCCAGUAUGCUCCUGUUGUUUCAAUAGUCGCAAAUUAUUUCAUUGGAUACAAAUUCGGUCCAGCUCUAGGUUUGAAACUCAACACCACAAUUCAUUCGUCAAGUGAUGUCAUUGUGAGCGCCAAAGUCAACCUGCCAAGUUCACUGUCGUUCAAACUUAACUUCCCUCAAGAUAAUGCAGAGGCCUUCCGUUUCGAAAACCGAGGCUACUUGAUGACUAAACUCCCCUAUGAACGCGAGCGAGCGCUCCCGCCAAGCACACUCAACGAUCCCCGAAUCAAGGCCGAAAACGUUUGCUAUUCUUCUGUUGCUGGCCUUAAAAUGUGCUCGGAUUACAAUGUGGCCGACUUGUGGGCUAAAACAGAUUACCCCCUUGUUGCCCCCUCUUACAUCAGAACCACGAUAAAGAAGGAAAAUCCUAGUAUUGAAGGUUUCGAAGUUUCAUUGACGGAGAAAUCAGAAUCUGAUGGAUACAGCAUGAAAAUUGAAAUUCCCGGUAGCGAAAAUCCAACCAAAAUGGCUGCCGAAAUCGGGUUUUCCGAGCAGCAAGAUAGAAAAGUCUUGAAGCUGAAGAGCAGAGUUGAGGAAAACGUUCAUUCACUCGAAAUGGUUAUUACGAGCAAAAAUCAAGGCAUCAAAUUGCGUCAGCUUGAAAUUUAUUUUGGAGUUGGAUCAUCUCCACCAGAGAAGGUUUUGACCGGCAAAUGCAGUCGAUCAGAUGAAGGGAAAUUAGAAGUAGCUCUCAAAACUAUGGGGGCACUUCGCUCUGUAAUACUCACUUGGGGGCUCUUCGCUCUGUAA